AUGCUUCAGUUCUCACCAUUGCAUUUCUACGUCAUAGGUGCAACUAACUUUGGCUCAGGAGCACCAGGGGCUCUUUUCCGCCAGCAGUCUCAAGCUACAGCCCUGUUGAACAAGCCAUUAAGUCAAGCCAGAAUAACCCAGAGCACUGCCUUUUCCUUUGUGAGCACCCCUGUGGGGCAGGCAAACACAAACACAACGGGUCUCUUUGGGGUCAGCCAGCCUGCACAGCCUGGAGGCCCCUUUGGAGCACCUAGCAAUACAAGUGCUGCCACUGGAUUUGGAACUGGAAGUCGUCUCUUAGGCCAGAGCUUUGGUGCUGGCGGUUCGACCCUGUUUGUGAACAAGCCUGCUGGAUUUGGAACCACCACGACGAGUGCUCCCUCCUUUGGUACAAGCACUAGCAGCAAGGUCUUUGGUAACAAAUCAUCCCUGACUUUAGGAACCAGUACAAACACUUCCAAUAGUGCAGCUCCUGGGGCAGGACAGAAGUCUGUGUUUGGAAGCACCCAGUCUACUCUUGGGGUAACACAAGCAACAGGAGGCUUUGGAACACCAGGAUUCAACAUAGCAACAGCUGCUCUGGGCUUUGGAGCCCCUCAGCCUGCUGUAGCCCUGUCAGACCCAAAUGCCUCAGCUGCCCAGCAAGCCCUCCUUCAGCAGUAUCUCUUCAGCUUGAUGCACUCACCCUUUGGAGACUCACCGCUCUUCCGAAACCCCCUGCCAGGCCCAAAGAAGGAGGAAGAGAGGCUGGUAGCAACUAACCCAGCAGCUCAGAAGGCCUUAAAGACACACACCCCCUACAAGCUGAGUCCACGUCCAGAGCCCAGAGUGAGGCCAAAUGUUUUGCAGUCAGCUGGCUCUGCUAAAUCUUUAUGUGGUGGUCUUGAAGAGGAUGAUGAGCCAGCCCUACACGGUGGUGCAUUCAUGCCAAGGAAGAGCAUCAAAAGGCUGGUUUUGAAGAAUCUCAAGAGCAUCAGUCUGUUCUCACCUGGCAACCAUGAGAAUAAAGAUGUGGCUUCUCCUUUGGAGUGUCCAGAGAAGGGAGAUGGGUAUGGUGAUCAUCAUCCAGACGAUGAGCAGGAGGAGGAAGAGAAGGAAGAUCAUCACCAAGUGAUUCAGCUUUACACUAACCCCAUUGUCAAGCCCACCCCACAGACCCCAGAGAGCCCAGUGCAGGGUAGCCUCGUGUCUCUGAGUACAGGGCUGGAAGGCUGCAGUGAAGAGGCCUCAUUUCCUGAUGACCCCCUUCAGGAGGAGUGCAAAGAGCAGCCUAAGCCUGGGCAUCAUCACCAUCCUGCAGGGAUUACUCUAACAAGAAAUGGCUACUACACCAUCCCCUCCCUGGAGGACCUUGCUGGACUGACCAAUGACAGCCAUGAAUGUGUGGUGACCAACUUCACCAUAGGCCGCAGAGGUUAUGGGUCAAUUUACUUCGAAGGAGAGGUCAACCUGACUAACUUGAACCUGGACGACAUUGUGCAUAUCCGCAGGAACGAAGUGAUCGUCUACCCCGACGAUGGGAGAAAGCCACCUGUGGGGGAAGGGUUAAACAGGCGAGCAGAAGUUACCUUAGAUGGAGUCUGGCCUACAGAUAAGACAUCCCGGUGUCUGAUCCAAAGCCCUCGGCAGCUGGAGGCCAUGAACUUUGCCGGCAGACUGGAGGCGCUGUGCCGGCGGCAGGGCGCUCAGUUCGUGGAAUACCGCCCGGAGACCGGAUCCUGGGUGUUCAAGGUGGCACACUUUUCCCAGCACGGCUUGCAAGAGCCAGCUGAAGAAGAGCAGGCACAAGGAAGGCAUCCUGGUGUUGAUGGGACAGAGCAGGCUCUUUGUGCCAGGUGUUAA